AGACUUUAUAAGAGGCGGCCCGCUGUCUGCUCGCCGUCACACGCAGCAGCUCGAGGACAACACUCGCUCCUUCUACUCGUUUGGACACAAACUUAUUACUGCUUUUUUUCCCCCGCCUCCCUCUAGGAAUACACGCUCGCUUCUCCAGACUUCUUCUCUCGCCAAGAUGCUGCUGCUUCUCCUGGGCAUCGUCCUCCUGCACGUCGCCGCUCUGGUGCUCCUCUUCGUCUCCACCAUCGUCAGCGUGUGGACCUCGAGUGACACCGGAACCUCGGACCUGUGGACCAACUGCUCCAUCGCCAAUGGAGGCUACCGCUGCGACGGCGCCUCCACUGGAGAAUGGAUCCAGGCGGUCCAGGCCCUCAUGAUCCUGUCCAUCAUCUUCAGCUGCCUGGCUCUCUUUCUUUUCUUCUGCCAGCUCUUCACGCUGCAGAAGGGCGGACGCUUCUUCAUCACUGGAACCUUCCAGAUCCUUGCCAGUCUGUUUGUGAUGAGCGGUGCCAUCAUCUACACGGUGAUGAGCCCUGAAUGGGUGCCCGAGACGGAUGCCUUCGGCUAUUCCUACAUCCUGGCGUGGGUGGCCUUCCCGUUGGCGUUGAUCAGCGGCCUUAUCUACGUCAUCUUGAGGAAGCGAGAAUGAGCGUUGCCAUCGCCACAACUGCGCUGACGUCAUCCCCCCCCCCCCCCAGCUACGCCGCCACUCGCCGACGCCCCCGUGCAAACCGACCGUGUCUCUGUUUCAAGAUGUAUAUAGUAUCUAUGGUUUAAAACCUAUUUAUAAUGUAACACUUUUACAUACGUGUACAUAGUUUUUGUGUUGCUCUGUCACGUGAGCUUGUUUAGCUUAAGUGCCUCCGCGUUUUGUUUUUUUUUGCCAAAUAAUUAACAGAUGAGUACAUUAACCAAAGUGCAUGUUUAAAAACAAACAAGGAUUAGCAAAUUGUUUUGUGCGUGUUUAGUUUGAAAUUAAGAGUGGUAAGCAAGCCAGGAUAAAAAAAAAAAAACAACAAGCUAUUAGAGCUGGUCCUUUUUUUCUAUGUGAGGUUUUUAUAUUUCUUUUCGACAAAAACAAAAGAUGGUGCUAUUAUUCUAUUAUAAAUAUUUAUCAUUCCUCUUUCAUCACGCCGUUCGUGGGUCGGUUGGUGGAUGUCGGAUUUCAAAUCCAUUCAGUCAUUUGGACUAUCAGUAUUAAGUAGAAUAGUACAAAAAGAUAUACUCUGCAGCUUGCGCUUUGCAGCUUUGUCAUUUGCUUAUGUUUUUUUUUUUUGUUCGUUUUCCAGAGCGGCUAUACCACUUUGUAUUUAUGACUAUUAACCGCAUAUGCAAAUGAGAUGAAAACGAGGCCGAGGCGACGAGGAGGCGGCCCCGCGCAUACUUGAACUCCGCCGCACAACGUCGUCGUGUAGUAAAGUUGUGCGUGACGAACAGGCGCACACGCCUUAACGCCAUUGAAAAUACAAACUCACGAUUAGCGAGCAAGCGCUGAUAUAUUCCGCCAAGAAAAGGGACUGAAGUCGCACUAAUUACUUGAUGCAUGUGGAAUGAAACAGAUGUCGCACGUAAACGAAACACGCACACACACAUGAACACACAUGAACAUACAAACACUACCAGGGCUGCAAACGUGAAAAUAAAAGCUAAUUUUGAACCAUUUGCAUUGUAUUAAUCUGUGAGCUGAUUAUAUACUGUACAACAAAGCUGCCAGCACUAUCAAGCACUAAGCGGCAGCCAUCUUGCAUUUAUACAUACACGUGUAUUGUAUUGUAUAAUGUCCAGUGUGGGUCCAGUCAGAAGAGACGUCGCGCUCUGAUGAUGACUGCCCAGCCAUUUUGCCGCGAGUGCUUUGUGUGUGCGUGCAUUGUCUGAUGUUUACACGCGUGUGUAGCGCUCGCCGUGUUACCAAAGCUAACUGUGACUUAUAGCGUAACUAUUAAAGAGGACCUCUCUGACCACCCAAAACCUUUGGCUUUCAUCUCCCUCCCCCCACACGUAAUAUAUCACAUUGACAUAUUGUGUAUUGAUGCAAUACAGCACAGGUUUCCAACUCAAGGCCCGGGGUCCAGAUCCGGCCCGCCACACGAUUGUAUGUGGCCCGCGGAGGCAAAUCAUGUAUCAACUUCCAUGAUUUUUGUUCGAAUCUGUCCCAAAAUUUCAAAUUGGCACGUCAUAAAUGAUAACGUUGCACUAUUACACCCAUUUUUCUGUUACCAAACAACAAUAGUUGAAAAACCCAUUACCCUUGAUUUCUGAUUCCAAAACUAGUGCAUAAACUUCAUGUGUAAAAAUGAUGAGGCGGCUAAAGAUUUUUAUGGUUUCACAGUCAUAAUGGCCCUCUGAGGGAAACGCUGAGUAAAAUGUGGCCAAAAAUUAAACUUAAAAUGAGUUUGACACCCCUGCAGUACAGUAUCAAUACACAGGCGUCAAAUAUUGACAGUGAAAAUAUGCAUGUUUGCUAAAUAAUUGCAAAUUUGAAUAGAUGACAGAUUGUGUCACCAGCUUGGAUUUUUUUUUUUUUAAAGACAACCCGUCAUUAGCUAGUAUUUAUGAUACCAUCUCGUAUCAUUACCGUGAUACUUUUGUCAAAUUAAACAGUUAUGAUUAAAUAUUACUGUCUUUGUUAUUAUGGCAUUUUCCACA